AAUACCCACGCACGCCUGACUCUCUAUCUGUCUCCCGGCUAGCCUUCCUGCCCCCUGUCAAAUUCGCAUAGGCUUUUGACUUAUGAACACCGCCGAUAUAUAUAUAGUCGGCAUGGCCUCCCUCGUCUGUUCAGUGUUCGACAUAGGCCCGGUCGAUACACAUUCAACACCUGUACUUAUCACUUCUCAGAAUGUCCAACGACUACUAUGACGAGGAGAAGCGCGCAUGGGACGAGAAGAAAGGGCUUGCGACCAUCGAGGUCCACGAGACCGGCGAGAUCGUCGACGCCGCCGAACGGGCUCGUAUCAUCGACCGCAUCAAGGUCAUGAACAAGGUUGGCGAUGCUGUCGAUCAGGAUCCGCUCGCCGACGCUGCUUCCCACUUUAUCUACGACCGGUUGAUGGAGAUGACUAUGGAAGAGGCCUUGGACGUGCUCGAGCGUACGGCCAAUGACCACUACGACGACGUCAACUUCCCGUCCGACGCCCUUGACCGCAUCGAGAAGAUGCUGCAGGGCCGCGAGGCCUACGGAGCCGAUGAGGAUGUGUUUGAGCUCGACUGCAAGCUUGAGGCUGUCGUCAUCAAGUUCCACUCACCAUAUCCAGAGGUGCGCGCUGUCACUGAUCCGUUUGACGACCCCACCAUCCCUGUCGAGACGUUCCGUGCCUACGUCCUUGGUGCAAUUUGGGUCGCGAUCGGCUCGUUUGUCAACGAGUUCUUUUACGAGCGUCAGCCUCGUCUUACGCUUGCGGCUACUGUCUUGCAGCUCUUCCUAUUCCCCUGCGGAAAACUUGCCCAGCUUCUCCCGGACUGGGGUGUUACGUUCCGCGGUACUCGGUAUACAAUCAACCCCGGCCCUUGGACGCACAAGGAGCAGAUGCUUUCGACAAUCAUGGUAUCUGCUGCGUCGCAGAUGUCGAACUUUAUGUCCUUCACGGUCGCCAUGCGAUCCGAGAAGUUUUUCCAUCUGCAGUGGGUUGACUUUGGAUUCGUGUUUUUGACAAACGCCGCCUCGCUCUUCUUUGGCUACGGUAUGGCCGGUCUCGCGCGCAAGCUUGCUAUUUACCCCGUCAAGGCCGUGUUUCCGACCGUGCUGCCUACGCUGGCUCUUAACCGAGCUUUGCUUUUGAAGGAAACAAAGACGUCGAUUAAUGGAUGGACAAUCAGUCGUCAGAAGCUUUUCUUCCUGACCUUUGUUCUUUCUUUCCUCUACUUUUUCAUUCCAAAUUACUUGUUUAAAGCGCUUUCGACUUUCAACUGGAUGACCUGGAUCGCGCCCCAGAACGUCAAGGUUGCGCUCGUGACUGGAUCGUUCCUCGGAAUGGGUAUCAACCCGAUUCCUACCUUUGACUGGUCGGUGAUCAACUACAGCACGCCGCUUGUGCUGCCCUACUUUGCGUUCAUCAACAAGUUUGUCGGCGUCAUUCUCGGCGGUUGCGCGCUGAUGGGCCUGUACUGGACAAACACAAAGUACGUUGCCUAUCUGCCGCCGAACGCAAACACGAUCUACGACAACACCGGCGCGACGUACAAUCUGUCGAGAAUCCUGGACUCGUCUGGGCACUUUGAUCUGGACAAGUACGUGGAGUACUCGGUGCCGUACAUGACUGCUGGACAUCUUGUUGGCACGGGCGCGUUGUGGGCGCUCUACACUUGCGCGUUCACGUAUAUCUGCAUCACCGAUUACAAGCUGAUUAUCCGCACCGGCAAGCUUUUUUGGAACGCACUUCGUCAUCCGCGCAGUAAGGCGUUUGAUGAUUUUGAUGAUCCGCAUUCGCGGAUGAUGCGCGCGUACCCGGAGGUGCCGGAUUGGUGGUACCUGGCGGUGUUUAUCAUUGCCGGCGCGCUCGGAAUUAUCACGAUCGCGGUGUGGCCGACGACGGUUCCGGUGUGGACGGUUAUCUGCAUCUUUUUGUUCAACGUCGGAAUGUAUAUCCCGACGGUGAUCAUCUACUCGAUGACGGGCUACGCGAUGGGAUUCGGAGCGUUCUCGGUCAUUCUCGCGGGUUAUAUGGAUCCCGGUAAUGCGAUGACCAACAUGAUGGUGCGGAUGUGGGGAUACAACGUCGACGAGCAGAGUGAGACGUUUAUCGCGGACCAGAAGAUUGCGCACUAUGCGAAGCUGCCGCAGCGAGCGGUGUUUAGAGCGCAGCUGGUGGCUACGUUGAUUCAGACGUUUGCGACGCUGGGCGCGGUUGAGGCGCUGUUCAACACGGUCAAGGACUUUUGCUCGACCACGCAGCCGGAUAAGUUUAUCUGCCAGUUCCCGCGGUCGGUGUACUCGGAUGCGAUCAUGUUUGGUGUGAUCAACCCCGAGCGCGUGCUGUCGACGCUGUACCCGGCGCUGAAGCAUUGUUUCUAUAUCGGACCUCUGACUGCGAUUCCGUUUGCAAUCAUGAAGUUGAAGUGGCCGCGGAAGGUGAAGAAUAUUUUCCCGCCUCUGGUCUGGGGUGGCUCUACAUUCUGGGGCUCGACCUACAACUACACGUACUACAUCGGCGGUCUGUAUGCGGCCACUGCGUUUAUGUUCUACGUCAGACGGUACUACACCGCGUGGUGGACAAAGUACAACUACAUCCUAUCGUCGGGUCUUACCGCGGGCGUCGCGUUCUCGGGCGUGGUUGUGUUUUUGGCGCUGCAGUAUACGCAGACGAGCGUGAGUUGGUGGGGCAAUGAUGUUGUGAGUGCGGGAGUGGACUAUGCGAGAGCGUCGUCGCUGAAGGAGAUUCCGGCGGAGGGAUUUGGGUUGCAGGUCGGGCAGUUCCAUUAGUGAUGAUGAUGAUAAAUCUCUGUUUUAAGUCUGUUGCAACAACCCAUUUUUAUUUCCAUUAGUUCAUGUUGUUAAAUUUGCUCGAGUGUUUGUUUAUUUAUGGCUUGUGAGGUUGGCGAAAGCCUGGUAAAUAGUGUGAAUGAUAUGAUAUUGAAUACAUGUGACUGAGAAGUAAAAUAGGUUUGUGCUGGGAGAGAGAGAGUUAGGGUGCGCGAUUGAGCGCUGUGUAAUAAUACAGACAAAAGGCAGAUG